UUUGGUAAAUAUUUCUCAUUUCCCCAAUUCAAAUUAAAAUUUAAUUUAAUAAAUAUAUGGCAGAGAGUUUUGCAAACAUAAAAUAGAAGAUUAAAAUUGCUCAAGUGAUAUACUUUAAACUUAAAAGGGGCUUUUGAACCUACCACCAAAAUAAGAGGUCAUUUUCUCACUUAUCAUUUCCUCUAGAACUCUCUUUCAAGAGAAAUUGGUCUGCAAAUGAACUACUACUCAUAAUAAGUCAUAAUAUACAUUGAUUUAAGACGCACCUUUUUGUUGGAAGAGAAGAGAAAAAGAAAGUUGGUCACGGGGAGAAAGUGAAGUGUGUUGACAAAGAAUUAAAUUAAAGGGUCUAAAAAAUGGAGAAAAAUGAAGAGAUGAAGAUGAAAAGUAGUGAGAGUCAGGUGAUGGACGGUUCAGAUAUAAUGAAGUUAGUUGGAAAUGAGAGAGUGUUUAGUAACUUUGUAGAACAUAAGUUUCAAGAACUUGACACAGACCAAGACGGUAAACUUUCAGUUAAAGAGUUACAACCUGCUGUUGCUGAUAUUGGUGUUGCUCUUGGUUUACCUGCUCAAGGUUCUUCUCCUGAAUCUGAUCAUAUCUACUCUGAGGUUCUUCAAGAAUUCACACAUGGAAAGCAAGAGAAAGUAAGCAAGACUGAAUUUAAAGAGGUUCUUUCAGAUAUUUUAUUAGGCAUGGCUGCUGGUCUAAAGAGAGAUCCAAUUGUACUCCUUCGUAUGGAUGGCGAAGAUCUUCUUGAGUUCGUUAAAAGUCCUGCAUUCGAACCAGAGACGCUUUCCCUGUACUCUGAGUUAGAAUUGCCUGAUGGAUCCCUCAAAGAUUACAUCAUCAAGACUUUUGAGAAGCUUACGGUUGAUCAAGGGAUGCCUCCUGCAUCAGACUCAUGGGUUAUGAGUAAUGUCGUGGAGCCAGUUGUUGAAUCUUGCAUUGGAGCAUCUAAUGAGCAACCUGUUACACAAGAGACAUUUUUGGCUGAAUUUAAGAAAGUUGCGGAGAGUGCUGCUCAACGUCUCAAGGAGCAGCCAGUGAUUGUUGCUCACAGCGAGAACACAUUUGAUGGAAGUGGAAUUAAAAGACUAUUGUCUAACAAGUUUGAAUUGGAUAAGACGCUGGAUUCUGCCUUAAAGACUAUACCUAGAGAUAAGCAUGGGAAGAUCUCCAAGGAAUACCUACGAGUUGCACUCGAUGUUCUUGCACCAUCAGCUGGGUUACCUCCCGUUGGUGCUGUUGACCAGAUGGACAACGUCAUAAAAGAAGUGUGUAAAAUGUUGGAUGCUGAUGAUGGGAAGAUGGUUAAAGAGGAAGAGUUCAAGAAACUGUUGACAGAAAUACUGGGCAGUAUGAUGCUGCAAUUAGAAGGAAAUCCUGUUUCGGUGUCCACAAACUCUGUUGUGCACGAGCCUCUUGCUUCUGCCUCUACCCUCUUGCAGCCUCCUCCUAAUUCUGAGAUGUAACUGAGCUUAUGGAAUACAAAAAAGAACAAUAAGGGAUGUAUGAUGUAAAUUUCUGUUAGGAAUUAAAGGUUGAGAGAUACUGCCUUACUAA